GGUUAUGAUUGAAAAGAGUGAGAGUGAGUAUAUAAAACGACAACACCUCUUCUACUCCGUUUGUAUGGUUUUGUUCUCACAUUGCACUCUGCAUUAUCGUCACCAUUUCUCACCUUCAAUGGUGAACAUGAAAUUGCACUUCUUCACCUGUGACUGAUAUUAUCAAAUUCUCAUUCAUGGAUCAACAAAACAGCUUCUCUUUAAUCAUCCCCCGUCCACUCUAAUAUCACUUUCCAUUUCAUUCUACACCACUUAUAAUAUAUCGAUGGAGGAAGAACGGCGAGUUCUCUUCGGGAAGUACGAGAUGGGAAGGCUUUUAGGCAAAGGAACCUUCGCGAAGGUCUACUACGGCAAAGAGAUCAUCGGCGGCGAGAGCGUCGCCAUCAAAGUCAUCAACAAGGAUCACGUACUGAAACGACAAGGCAUGAUGGAACAAAUCAAACGCGAGAUCUCGAUCAUGAAGCUCGUUCGCCACCCCAACAUCGUCGAGCUGAAAGAAGUCAUGGCCACCAAGACCAAGAUCUUCUUCGUCAUGGAGUUCGUUAGAGGCGGCGAGCUUUUCGACAAAGUCUCCAAAGGCAAGCUCCACGAGGACGCUGCUCGCAGAUAUUUCCAUCAGCUGAUCUCAGCCGUCGAUUUCUGCCACAGCAGAGGCGUCUCUCACCGCGAUUUAAAACCCGAGAAUCUCCUCCUCGACGAGAGCGGAGAUCUGAAGAUCUCCGAUUUCGGAUUAUCCGCGCUGCCGGAGCAGAUCCUCCACGACGGACUGCUCCACACGCAGUGCGGGACGCCGGCGUACGUGGCGCCGGAGGUGCUGCGUAAGAAGGGGUACGACGGCGCGAAGGCGGAUAUAUGGUCGUGCGGCGUCGUUUUGUACGCGCUCCUCGCCGGAUGCUUGCCGUUUCGCGACGAGAAUCUGAUGAACAUGUACCGGAAGAUCUUCAGAGCGGACUUCGAGUUCCCGCCGUGGUUUUCGCCGGAGUCGAGGAGGCUCGUCUCGAAGCUCCUCGUCGUCGAUCCCGAUCGGCGGAUCUCGGUGGCGGAGAUCAUGCGAACGCCGUGGCUCACGGAAAACUUUAAUCCGCCGCCGCUAGCUUUCGAAAUCGACGAUCGGGAAGAAACGGAGCCGCCGGUUUCGCCGAAGGUCUUCAACGCGUUCGAGUUCAUCUCCUCGAUGUCGUCGGGGUUCGAUCUGUCGAGCUUGUUCCAGAGCGAGAGGAAGGUUCAGUCGGUGUUCACGUCGCGGUCCUCGGCGACGGAGAUUAUGGAGAAGAUCGAGACGGUUACGAAGGAGAUGGACAUGAAUGUGAAGACGACGAAGGAUUUCAGAGUGAAGGUUGAGGGGAAAGCGGAAGGGAGGAAAGGACGGCUGUCGAUGACGGCGGAAGUGUUCGAAGUGGCGCCGGAGAUGUCAGUGGUGGAGUUCUGCAAAUCGGCGGGAGAUACUCUGGAGUACAAUAGGUUUUAUGAAGAAGUUAGGCCUGCGUUAAACGACAUCGUUUGGUCAUGGCACGGCGAUAAUAGUGCGGUUAAUCAGAAACCUGAUGGUCAUGUCACCGGUUAACAAAAUAUACUUAGAAUGAUUGAUGGAUCAGGAGAUUGAGUGUACCGGUUUACUGGUUAAUGUAUUGUAGUAUAAGAACUGUUACAUUGAACCUAAAUAUUGUUUGGUUUAAUAUAAUUUUUGUUUUACUUUGGA